CCAUGCCAUCCCAGUAAGGGAGGACGACUAUUCGCAAAAAUAUUAACGUCUACAGGGAUAGCAGAAGGGAACACUGAUCUUCAAGUACUGCAAACUCAUAACAAGAGCAGUGCUAAAUUGUUACGGGACGUGCUACCAAUAUAACUGUUCGAAAAAUGGCUACUAGAAUCAGCAUUUAUAUCAAACAAGCCUAGAAGCAGAUAUUAAAGGAGACACAUCUGGAACACUAAGAAAACUUCUAGUAGCUAUGUCAACAGGGCACAGAGAUGAGUCUGAUGUAGUAGAUCCCGAAGCGGCUUUCAAAGAUGCUCAAAGCUUACUUCAAGCCGGAGAACUGUUGUUCGCAGGAACAGAAGAGUCUGUAUUCAACUGUAUAUUAUGCCAAAGGAAUAAAAAACAACUCAGAUGCAUUUUUGACAAGUACGAAGAAAACGUCGGCCACCCAAUAGAGAAAGCAAUCCAAAACGAAUUUUCUGGAGCAGCCAAAGAUGCCAUGUUGCAACUCAUCCACUGCAUCAGAGACAAAACGGACUACCUGGUGACAAGGCUGCAUGACUCCAUGGCCGGUAUUGGUACGGAUGACAGGACGCUGAUAAGGAUCGUCGUGUCAAGAUCUGAGAUUGAUUUGGUGGAGAUCAAGCAGGCUUACGAACUAAAGUAUGGGAAGAGCUUGGCUGAUGCUAUUUCGAAAGAUACAUCUGGGGACUACAAAAAAGCUUUGCUUUCCAUCGUGGGUUAAUGAAUCAUGAGUCAUACAUAUUUACUUCUUCUUCAUGCUUUUCUGUUUUGUGGUUAUUCUAUUUUUCAUCACUUAAGUGUGCUUAUCGAUAUCUCUACUCUGUUAGCUUUAAAUGUGUUAUACCUUUACGCUUUAUGUGCUCAAUAUUCGUUGUACAGAAUAAGUUUCCUUUUUUAUUUAACUGAAACUGCAUUACUUUAAUCAGUUUUUGUUUUCAUGUUCUUCAAUGGUUUCAGGACGAUGUGUCCGAUGACUACAAAAAAGCACUUCUAGGUCUUAUCGGAGAUUGAAGAAUUUAGGUUAUGUAGAUAUUAUCAUGCAUCAUGAGUACUACUGACCACAUACUUCAUUGUGAACAAAUUAUAAAUAAA